AUGUCCUCGCCGUCUAUCCAGUCGUUUUUCACCAAGCCUAUUGCGAUGUUAGGUUGUGCAAACCCUGCCAAAGUGCCACACCCUGACGGGUUCACACAGGAAGAACUUGACGCACCCACUAGCCCUCUGGCUCGAGCCUGGAGCCCGACCGUCUCAUACAGGGAAGUCUCGAUUACUGACAUCGUUCCCGGGGCGGGAAACAUCUCUUUUUCGGGUCGCAUCGUCAACUACAGGCCGUCAGAGGUGGACAAGAAAGGGGGCCAAUACUCAAGGCCAUGGCACUUUCUCGUCAUCAAAGAUGACACUGGCGUUCUUGGUGUCAAGCUGACGCCGAUUGGCAUACCCGUCGCCACGCUCGUCCUUGGCAGGCUCGUUACUGUCUGGGCCACAUACAUUGGAGCCCCUUCGUCGACUCCCUGCACCAUCCCUUACAUGGCGAGCUGCACCAGUGUCAAUCCUGAGCGGGGAACGAAGCAAUUCAUCCGGUUUUUUGAGGACACAGGCGAGAAUGACAUGCUUCAUCGAGUCCCUUUAGGGUCCGGACUUUCAGAUGAACCCCUGAGACCUCUUCCUGACCUGAUGACGCUUGGUACUUACGCUAAGACUGGGCACGACGACGUCCGUGGCGUCAUGCUUCUUGUUUGCGUCAGCAGCGUCGGUAGGCGCCGGCAGGUGAGAAAGGCUGGAAGAGACGAGUUCCUGGCACUCAUAGAGGUAAUUGUGUGCGACAAUACCGGGAGUUGUGUCUUCACUUUAUGGGAGGACAAAAUCAACUCGACUCGAGCAUGGACACCAAACAAGACUAUUCUGCUCAUCGUGAACCCCAAGCAGCAGGACCGUCGCGGUAGCGGUGGUCAGAUCACUAUCAGCAUCGAUAACGCUACGUUGGUUGACGUAGAGCCCCGAGGCCCCGAUGCCGACUGGCUUCGAAGAUGGGCAAAGAACCGACUGAAGAAAGAGGCUGUGUGUAUAGCUUUCCCGGACAACGUGUGGAAUGCGGAGGAAGCUGUCAAUGGUCCCAUCCGGGCCUUGUUCACUGUUGCUGAGGUGGACGAAUUUGUCCGCAACGAUCCUCAUUUGAAGUUUACUGGCAAGCUCAGUCUCGUCAUUGUGGAUAUGGAAUUGACCAGUUUGUGGCAGAGAAAGAUGCUCUGCUGUACUGAAUGUUGUGGAGUGCCCCUUUAUGCCAACAUUAGCAUGGCUACGUGCCAACACUGCCGGUCCCCUCAGCAUCUGUCUUUCAACCCUCGGAUCAUGGGCACGUUGGUGGAUGAAACAGGCUGCAUCGAGAAGGGCAAACUGAUGUGGAGUCUUGAUGCAUGGAAACAGCUCCUUCUGCCCGCCGAGGAUGCAACGAGUUACCAGCUAUCCAACGACCUGCAAUCAAGCGCUGCAAGUCCUGGGACUGUCGUCGGCGACCAACCCAACUGUACUAACAUGGAUCAAAUCUGGGUCAAACUGACAGAAAAGGGGGCUCAGUCGUCGUCGCCUGGCACUCGAGGACCCGCCCACUCCGCCAACCUGGACAUUUCGAGACUCUGGCGCGCGUCGCGCAAAACCACCACCUUCAUGAUGCCCGAAUCACCAUCCGGUGUGGGUCAGGCCGACUCAAUCCGGUCGCACGAUUCGAAUGACAAGAACUCGGACAAGAAGAAGAGUCGCCGUCCCGCAAACACUGCGUUUCGGCAACAGCGGUUGAAGGCAUGGCAGCCCAUCCUGACACCCAAGACGGUGCUCCCCCUGUUUUUCACUAUCGGCAUCAUUUUCGCUCCCAUUGGAGGCCUGCUGCUCUACGCCAGCUCCGAGGUCCAGGAAAUCCGGAUUGACUACUCAGACUGUCUCAACGAUGCGCCGACGAGCGACUUUGAUACCAUGCCCUCCAAACACAUCUCUAAUGCCUUCAAGGGCGGUAACGAUACCAAGGUUGCCCGAUGGAGGAAAUACGAGGACGUCAACGUGCAACCAGCCCGCGGUCAGAACUACUCAGGCACCAUCUGUACCGUCGAAUUCACCAUUCCAGAGGACAUGGGCACGCCUGUGCUCUUCUACUACCAUCUCACCAAUUUCUAUCAGAACCAUCGUCGAUAUGUCUCGUCCUUCUACGCCGAUCAGCUGAAAGGCGAUGCUCAGAGCUCCAACUCGAUCAACGGCUCCGACUGUGGUAGCACCAAAGAGGUUGCCUUUGACCGGGACAAUGGACUGCCCAUCUAUCCAUGCGGCCUCAUCGCCAACUCCAUGUUCAACGACACGUUCACUUCGCCUCUGCAGCAGAAUCCCCAAGGCUCCAAUGACGACAGCGCCAUCUACGAAAUGAAGGACGACAGCAGGAUUGCUUGGGCCUCCGACAGGGACCUCUAUGGCAACACCAAGUACGACCCCUCGACCAUCAUGCCGCCUCCCAACUGGCGUAAAACAUACCCCAAGUACACCGAACAGAACCCCCCUCCCGACUUGAGCGAGUGGCAGGCUUUCCAGGUCUGGAUGCGUACAGCCGGUCUACCUGAGUUCAGCAAGCUGUAUCAGCGCAAUGACGACGAGCCCAUGCGAGCCGGAACCUACCAGGUUAACAUCACCGACAAUUUCCCAACCAAGGCAUACAAGGGCUCCAAGUCCAUCGUCAUCUCCACUCGUACCGUCAUGGGUGGCCGUAACAACUUCCUUGGAAUCGCGUACGUGGUCGUCGGUGGCCUGUGUAUUGUUCUCGGUGGUGUCUUCACCGUCACUCAUCUCUUGAAGCCAAGAAAGCUCGGAGACCAUACAUACCUCUCCUGGAACAAUGCUCCCGCCUCUCAAAAGGGUCCUGCCACUGGCGGUGUGCUCGGCGGGUCCAGCGGCGCCAUGGCCUCCGGCCGUGACCUUCGACCUGGCGAGGCCUAG